AUGGCAACAUCAACUGCAACCAUCGAUGAUGAUAUUUCAAUCGAUACUGAUCGACUUAUUAACAGCAAAGUUCAAGACGAAUAUGUCUGCCCCAUUUGUCGAUCUCUCUUAUGGAAACCUGUUUGUUGUAAAGGUUGUAAAACGAUAUUUUGCAAAAAAUGUAUUCGAGAAUGGUUAUUGCAAAAAGAUUGUAAAAACAGAUGUCCAAUGAAUUGUAAGAAAUAUCAAGAGGAAUCACCUCCACCAAUAUUAAAUUCAUUAUUAUCUAAACUAGAGCUUAAAUGUUGUUAUAAAACUUUUGGUUGUCAAGAAACUAUUUUAUACGAAUCAAUUGAACGUCAUGAAAAUGAAUGUGAUUAUCAAACAAAACAAUGUCGAGGAUGUGAAAAUAAAUUCUUACUUAAAGAUAUUCGACAACACGAAGAAUAUUGUGAUAAAAUUGAUAUUCAUUGUGAUUUAUGUCAAUAG